UUUCGAACUCAGGGCAUGAUUCUACACCAAAAACGAUCAUCAGCUUACCGAGUUCAAAAAUGCUGUAAACUAGUGUAAUCGACAUCACGGUUUAUCAUCUGCAACCUUAAAAAUAUAAGGUCAUCAAGAACUCGUCACGUAGGGCAGUUUGUUUAUAGCAAUGCUUUUGUUUUGCCUAGUCGCUGCCUUCAUUUUAUGACGCCAGAUUACUAGGAUCUCAUUUGAAUAAUGUUUGUUUUCUUACAUAACUACGGUGAGGGUGGCAUUCAACGUCUUGCGUUCUCAGUAUCAUCCUAUUUGUUAACAAAUUUGUUAACACCGGUUGAUUUAAUUAUCAUCCUACGGAAAUGUGGACAACAAAACAAGCAAUGAUUCAAUAUUUAAUCUUUAAGAUCAAUUCAAAUGGAAGCAACAGGUAUUGAAGAGCGUUUACCCUAUUAUGAUAAAAAUUGCUUAUCUUUAUCAGUCGCCUCCAAAGUAAUAGAAAUUCAUAUUCCUUCAAAGAUAGCGAAACUCUAAGCUGUUAUCUUUACUAGUUAUGUCAACAUAUUGUCCACAGUUUUCAUAGUUUCUAAAAUUAUCCGUUUCGCAUGGUUUAUUUCAUCCUUCGCUCUUAUCUACGUUGAUUCUGAUCUGGAUUUUAACCAGUUUGAAGGAGCGUUUUGCGUUUCGAGUUAGUUUAAAUAGCGGUAUCCAGAUAAAACAAGGUUCAUUAGUUUUUCCGCAAGGAUAGGUGUGAGUCUGUUUCGUUCGAGUUUGUAAUAUGUCAGCAAUCUGGCUUGUUCCGUUAACGCUACUUGGUAACAGUUCACUGCCUGAUGAAAUCUCCACUCAGUACCGGAUCCACACGAGCAAUAAUGUGAGCAACGAACUUCGCAAUAUUAGAAUCGGCACUGAGGAGGUGCUGCUGUGGAAUCGCCAUUUCGUGGAUUACCUUAUGACGAUCGGCAAUGAGACUGUGAAGAUUACCUCCGAUUCCCGUUGUUUACUACUAACGCAGCAACUUGCCGAUGCAUACCUUCGCCAUCAACAGCACGGACUGGAAUGGUUCGAUUCGUGGGCUACCAUUCCAACUGGAUUACAAUACCGAAAUAGACACACGUUCGACAAUGUUAAUCAAUGUCGAGGCUUCGAGAGAGUCCGUAUGCAGUACUGCAUCUUUUCCGGAGCGUUGCCAAGAGGAAUACAACCACUGGCUAUGGGACUGUGUAUCCCGCAAGUUUGCAGUUCGGAUUUGGUUCGACAGCUGUAUGGAGACUACUUGGAGAUCAAAGGUUUCCAGCUGGAGUCUGCGGCUGAGCAACAACCGUACUGCAUCAGGGAUGAAGCGAUCCAAUAUGACGGAGCGAUGGUUACAGCUAUCUCUACAUCCAUCCUUAUAGGACUCACCGUAGUGUGCGCUACGCUGUAUGAUCUUACAACGGAAGCAGUGAAUCGUCAUCCCAAGCCAUUAUACACCGCGUUCUCGUUGGCAAAUAACGUUCGAAGCAUCCUGCAGUUAGUCCCACGAAUCAACGCCGCAAAACAGAAGUCCGAUAUGAUCGAUUGUGCGCACGGCAUCCGAUCGCUGUCCAUGAUCUGGAUCGUAGUACUGCACGUUAACGAAUUUCUACGGUUCGUUCCCUGGGAGAACGAACCGUCACGGCUGCAAUAUACCAAUGGAUUCAUGUCUACGGUGUUGCACUUCAGCGGUUCUCUGGCGGUCGAUACGUUCUUGGCAUUGAGUGGAUUGUUGGUAGCAAUGAGUAUGCUUCGGGAACUGGACAAAACGGGGAGAUUCAAUGCGUUGAAGUUCUAUCUGCAUCGGUACAUCCGGAUUACAGCUCCGUUGGCAGCGCUGAUCCUGUUUGUGGUAUCCUUCGCGGGUUACAUAGAUGAAGGCGUAUUCUGGAAAGAAAACAUCGAUAAAAUAAAACAGCCAUGCAUGGAUAACUGGUGGGCCGCCCUGUUACAAAUUCAGAACUACGUAGAUCCAGGGAAUAUGUGUCUUCCGUGGACGUGGUAUCUCUCCGUGGAUAUGCAGCUGUACGUAUUCGCGCCUGCCCUGAUCUACCCGUUGUGGCGAUACGGAAAGCGAUUUCUCAUCGUAGUUGUAUGCUUUGCCGUAUCAUCAAUGGCGUGUGUCUUGACCACAUUUUACCGAAACCGGUUUAGAUUAGGCUUCAUCGCACCAGGCGUGAAUGCCCGUAGAUACAUUCUGACGUACUACGCAACUCACGCCCGGAUGGCAGUUUGGUUGUGGGGUUUGGUCUUCGGAUAUCUACUCCACAAGACCAAACACACUGGAGUGACUCUGCCAAGACGCUACUGGGCCGCUGGAUGGAUUUCGUGUUUUGCGUUGCUUGGAACGAUCAUCUUCUCCAACUACCAGAUACAGUCUAAGAAUGUGGAGGACUACCCGUUCGUAUUUGACGCGUUCUAUGAGUCUCUGUCCCGAUCGGUGUUCGCCUUCUGCGUUCUGUGGAUUGUCCUGGCCUGCGUCAACGGAAAAGGCUGGUUGGUGGAUGAGUUUCUUGGAGCCUCCUUGUGGCAACCGCUAUCCCGGUUGUCGUUCACCAUGUAUCUGUUGCACAUACCGUUGCUGGUGAUGGCUUCGGUUGCUUCAGCCAAGACGUCCAGUUAUUUCAGCAUGAUCGAACUGUUCUAUCGGAUAUGGGGUACUUUCGGAUUGACGACGACUGUGGCCUUGCUGUGGAGUUCCGCCUUCGAGCUGCCGUUUGUGACGCUGUCUAAGCUGUUUAUCCGAGGAUGACGGCUCUGAUGAGAACUCUGAGGAUGAGGACGGAUCGGUAAUUACAUUACUCAACAUGUUAUGUAUAUGAACGUACGGAUGUAAACUUGGUAAAUCUCCAACGAAUUUCACUAUUGUAUGUACUAGAAUCAUAAAUUUAAUCAUAAGAUAACAAGUUUCUUUUAUUCAAUGGGUUCAAUGAGCACUUUCAGAAAAUUGCCUUUGAGAACUUAAUCGUUUGACAAGUUCGGCGAUUGUUUUAUGUCCACGAAAGUCAAGAAAUGUGGACCGUGUUAAGAAUAUCACUCAGACAUUCUCAGUAGUCUUGCUCGAUAACUGGGCGUUCAUCAUCCGAGUAGUCCUUAACAUGGUACGAUUUUCAAUAAAUCCAUCAAUUUGUCUGCUCUGUGGAUGCCAUAAACAUUAACUUCAGAACAUUGGGAACCAGUACAUCAGACUGAGCAGCAAAAGUCGGACUGGUGGAAAAUGUGUCUAAAGCAAAGUACCUGCUGAUACGUAGAACAGACCAGGACAGAUUUCAUUUAACCUUGCUUUUGCAUCACGUCGGCAGCAGCUCGCUGACGUAGUGUAUGGUUUGAGUAAAAAAUUACCCUAAUGCCAAAGGAGGUUAAAGAACUAGUGUUAUGGUAGACGAGGUGAUUAAGUAUUUUAUCUACCUCAGAACUUUUGCCAACGACUGCCAAUAACGUGAGUCGUGCAAUACGAAAGCCCGUCAUCAGUGGCAGUCGUGUUCUUUAGAAUGGAAAAGGGCCUUAGCAUCAUUUAUGUAACCAAAUCUAGAAGUCUGAUGUUUCGUUACGACUGUGGGUUCAAAUCCAGAAGGAUACGGUGGGCAGGGUAUGUUGCAAGAAUGUCUACAAAGUUGGAAUUCGAUUGGUUUAGGGAACCAUGGAGGGUAGCGAGCAAGAUAGGCUGACCAAAUCAACAGAUAUCAAUAUCUCAAUUUUCCAGUGAAACGUGGUGUGUAUCAACAGAGCAUAUUAGCUACCUAAACGUAUUCAUCUGUCUGCGGUACCUAAUUCGUAUAUGACGGCCUCAUACAUUCUCUAAUACUGAUCUCCAUCAUCGAUGUCACCAAAAUUCUCUGGGGACACCGACAUCAGAACUCCGGUUACUAAUCAACCCAACCAGAUUACAGUGCAACUCCCUUCUACUCAAUUAUCUUUUAAUUCAUCAAAUGCUACCGAUUCGUACCAACCCGCAGCUCAACUCAACCCGCGAGCUUCCAACCUCUCCACUACCAGCGUUGAUGAACCAGCAUUUUCACCAGCCCCGGAAAAUUUGAUUGACAACUAGCGCCACACCUGCCCGCACUUGCAGCAGCAGCAUUCCAUCCCUUGCCUGGCGGGAUUUGAUCCCCUGUAAUUUUCUACAAAUCCCUCUCUAUCGACCGCCGUUUUUUGUGUCGUUUUCGCCGUUUUCGGCGGCAGGACUGGAUUAUGACUCACUUCGGGUUUAGUCGUUCUGUUUUUCCUGCCAGACAUUCGUCAUCUGUCUCCCCAAUUGCAUACCCUGCGGGCGCAAUUUCAUUCGGUACACUCCCCGAAAAAAAAAAGAAAAACUGUAGAGGAAACCGGAAGAAAGCCGAAAGGACCUGCCUUGCCGCGGCGAAUUUGAUAUUAGCUUCAUUGACUGACGGCCGGGCUGGGUUGUUUGGUUGGAUCCCAGACGGUUGCCUUUUUUGCGUCGUUUGUGUACUCUGCGUCCUCGUCGGGAAGACGGUAGACUACGCUGCGGCAGUCUGUCAGGAUUUGUUGCAUCGGGCAGGCAGGGUGGAAAAUGGAUUUUCCAUAACUCCCCCGUUGUUGCCUGACUCGGGCUGUGGCGGUGGAGGUGGUGGAGGCGGUAAUGGAAUAUUCAUUAAAUCUACUAAACCAACUCCGCGAUUUGGCCCGAGGGGGCAAGGUGCGGUGCGGUUGAAGUGCGCCGUUCGCUCUGCAGGUUGCCUCUUUUUGGGAGAUGUUUUAAAGACUUAGAGCAUCACUACCGGUAGUUGUUUAAUUCGAUGAAUUGGUAGUGAUUCUUGUCUCUUUUCAUACUCCAACUGUUACUACUCGAAUGUAAUUGCACAUUAGAAAAUAAUCGUAUCAGUUUGUUGUUUUGAGUUCAGAAUCAACAACCAUUCUACAAAUAGCAACACCCGAUAGUGAUGCCCUUAACCGGGACAAUACGGAGUCGUUGUACCCAAAACUGUGCCAACAAUGAAGAAUGCUGGUUGCUUGAGGAGUAGAAAACUCGGAAGCAAUUGAAAGUGAGAACGUGCAACUUCUACUCCCGAUCCGGACGGACGGACGGACCGACAGACGGAACCGGGAAGUGAAUAAUUCAUUCCUUACUCAGUUAUGACAGCGUUUUUCACUCUUCCGGACUGGUAGAGUGGAUGGGUGAAACCUUGGUUCGGGACCAAGUUGUAAAAGUAAGUGGGUGCGAGUUCUGUUUGAGUUGUUUUCCGAGGAUCCAAAUUGGAUUGAAAUUGAGCCGAGGAAAUGGUCGUAUGCUGGAAUAGGUAGCAGAAUUUGUAUAAGAAUGGGUUUCUUCAAAAGGAAGGUAACACAGAAGUCUCUUUUCCAGGGGUUUCGCAUUAGAAACUUGCCGAGUUUCCAUUGGAUGUUUCAGCAAAUCGAUGCGCUCAACAAAUUUGGUCGCACCUGAUCAGGUCAUCUAUCCAAAUCGCUUAAAACCGUCAUAAAUCCAUUGAACCAAAAUCGAACAGAAUAUUUGUCGGUUCGCAAUCCACUAUUUUCGUUAUAUGACUUUCAUAUCGUAAGUUCCACCAUUUUAUUGAGUAAAUUUUGAUAUUUCCAGGAUGAUUUUCAAUACUGGCUGUACAAGCACUAUAGAUUAGAUUAGAUUAGUAAGUUCCACCAUUUUAUUGAGUAACCAAGCAACAAUUUAAAGUCCUAUAAGUUUUAAGGUGGUUUUGAAAACUGUCAUAGAACCUGAAUAAUUUUACUCUGCUUUUAUGAUAGCUUUCAUAACAAAUGCUUAAUCAAUCCAAGCAUGGGUUAGUUAGUGUGUUUAUUCUUAUUGUCUUUCAGUAGCAGUUUGUCAAAAAUAUCCUCAUCCUGCAAGAAUCGAACAAAUUAACUGGAUCACGUGAGAAUUAAUUACACUCUAGCUUUCAGAGACGAGUUCUUCGCAAACACAAAAGUGUUAGUCUCCUAUCUCGUGAGCUUUCUUCGAAUGCUAUUUUCUGAUCUCCAAUAGCGCUGGAAAUGGGUGUAUUUUCAGAAAUCCCUACAAACUCACAUUGUUGAAGGCUUUCUGCAGAAGAUCUACUAAAUAUACACUACCCGUCAUAAGUAUGGACUCACAAAAAGUAUUGCAACAAUAUUGCAUCACCCUGACUCACCUCGAUAUCUCUAAAACCAGAACACCUACAAAAAUGCCGCCUUCAGAAAAGUUGUUGCUCUUGGGCUUCUGAAUAACUUACCUGAAGAUAGCAUCUUUGUAAGUCCUCAGGUUUUGGAGAUACUGAGGUGAGUCAGGGUGAUGCAAUAUUGUUGCAAUACUUUUUGUGAGUCCGUACUUAUGACGGGUAGUGUAUGUUUUAAGGUAUACCGUACAAUGCAGCUGAAAGCAAUACAUCAAGAAUUCUCAAAAGGCCUAGGCGGCAUCUUGUUCUCUCCAGGCGGCUACCGAUGUACGUUAAGUAUUUAGUCAAUUAUCUAAAGAUCUGUUCCUGUCACGGAUUUCAUAAAAAAAAACCACUCUCUUAGAAAUCCUUUGGGUUCCUUCCUAGAAAAGCCCCUGGGUUUGCUAGAAAUUAGCUAAAGGAUCUUUUGUAGUAAAAAUAUAGUUUUCUGCAAAAAUGUUCAUAAAGUUUCGUUGAAAAUCUCCUCGGUAGUCGCGUGCAAUACGCUAGAUAUGAUUCAAGGAGUUCUGGAGAACAAUUAAUUUAUUGCCCUUUUCCGGCUAUAAAAGUCGGUCAGAAUGUUUGAAAGAGACGUAAAAACUUGAAGCAUUUGAAUGCAAACGGGUGUUUAAUUGACAUAUCAAGAGAAACACUUCUGUAAAAAAAUAUCACUUGUUUUGGUUGGAUUUGAACCCACGACUCGGUAUCGCUAGUCCGACGCGAGCUUUAACCAAUUAAGCCGCAGAACAAGCUACGAUUCUGCGAAAUAGAAAGGCAAAUUGGAUUCGAAGCGCCACCCUGAUCGGAUCCGUUUUUUCACAACAAUACGCUAUCACUUGUCCGUAGGCCGCUUCGAUGUAACUGUAUUCCAUUAUGAGGGAUUGAACUUAGGGUAUCGCGCCACUUGGGCGGUGGCUUCUAUAUUCGUCUGUUUCCCACUAUAACUCAGUCAAUUUUGAACCAAUAGACUUGAAAUGUUGUACACGGGUAGAUACUAUACCUAUCUCACCGCAUUCCAAAAAUUGUGUCAAUUGGUCAAUUUGACUGAGUUAUAGCGGAGAACAGACGAAAAUAGAAGCCACCGCCCAAGUGGCGCGAUUCCCUACUAGAUUUUUGGUAGUGCUUGUGGAAAAUUUUCAUAUAAAUAAAAACGACUUUACUACACUACUACUUUUCAACAAAGGUAUUAAAAAAAACAUUCGGUAUGAAUAAAAGUAGUAUUUACUACAAGUUUUGGGUAGUUAGUUAGUACCAAGGGUUUCUAUUGGUGGGGUAACGAAGAAAAUCCUACGAUAAACUCUGGAGAAAACCUGUGAUUCCAAAAACUCUUUCAGGGUUGGCAAUUCUUUCAGUGAUUCGUUUAAGAAUUUUCUUGGACAUCUGUCUAGAUUUCGUUCCUAGAUUUCUCUGAGGAUUUUUUUUGAAAUUGUUACAGUGAUUCUUAUGUCAAUUCUUUCCUGAAUUACUCCUUGUAUUUCUACCGCAAUCACUUCUUUAUAUUGUUUCGCGGUUUCUCGUAGAAUUCUUCCCGCAAUUUCUUUCGGAAGCUUAGUUUUUUUCCUCGGGUAUCGCUCGAUUUCUUCAGGAGUUUACCCAAGAUACCAUCCAUAGGUUUUUGUUUUUGUUAAUUUGCGCCCAGAGUUCAUUCCGAUAUUUUUUUAGAUGUUUCUCCCAGGAUUUCUGCAGAAAUUUUUCACGGGGUCUCUGCAGGAAAAUCGCUCAGGUUUUCUUGCAGUUUUUUUCCCGAUAUGCUUCCAGACUACAAUGAUAUAUAUUGCCCUUUACUGGCAUUCACUAGAUUUGCUGGUAUGUCUGAAACAUUCUGGAAAAACUUGUAAUUAGAAUGUUGGUAAAUGACAAAAUGAGAGAUGAAAUUUGUGAUAAAAAAAAUCUGGUGGAAAACAAACCAGCAAAAAUCACGUUCUGGUGGAAUUCGAAUCCAAAAUUCUAUAUUCGCUAGACCGGCGCUUUACCCAACUAAGCCAUAGAACAUGUAACGAUUCUGCGCAAUAGAAGGCCAAACUGAAUCCGCUACUCAUCCCGGGGUUUCCAGUUAAGGUUUUCAGAGAUUCCUUAUAAUUUUUAUAAUAUUUCCUCCCAUGAAUUCCGUCAGAAACUCCAGCAAAAUGUCUGAAAGAACUCCGGCAGUGCUUGAAUCCGAGUGAUAAUAAACAAAACUCUCAGUUAUCAGCGCCAACCACCACUACAAACAAACAUGCAAAAGGAACAAAGAGAAACCGAACCAACUGCAACUGCUGUUCCUCAUCGAUUGGUUGGCUUGUGAAGCAAACUGACCGCAGACCAUUCGUUAUCUUUUGCGGCGGAUUUAUUAAUUGCUCAAAACUUAUAAAAACAGUCAUGUCGUUGGUUAAGGAAUGUUGGGCGUGACUAUUCAAAUCGAUUUAGUUUAAGUUUAUGUCAUCUGGAGUGUAAUAAUGGGAUGAAUACCAAGUACAUUCAUUGCCGUAUAUACCGACGAAGAGAGAAAUUCAGAGAGCCACACAAUCAUCUCUACACUCUCUGCUUUAGAAGCAUGUUAGCCAAUGUAGGCCACUGUAGGGUUGGUCAUAGAGGUGCAAAUUUUGCUCCGUGCGGAAAAAAACGCUUCACGUAUCAAGCAUUGAUCGCCAGGGGCCACUAUUAGGAAGACUUAGAAUUCCAGGAAAAUUUCUGAUAUAGAUUUUUUGAAGAGCUCUGUGAGUUAUCUCGAGAGACUCCAUAAAAUACGUAGACGCUUAAGGUGGAGAGGGAGCGUCUAGUCCAAGUCUACGCUCUACUAAGUUUAUGGCUGGCACCUGAAAUCUCAGGACGAUCAUUGCAAUAAAUCCUGGAAAAAAAAUAUAUCGACAAUUCUGGAAAAUCUCUGAAUGAAAUCGCGGAUGAACUCCAUAAGAAAUACCAGCAGUAGCUCAUACAUGAAGCUCAAAAGGAACUUCGGAAGAAACCACGGAGAAUAUCUUGAGAGAAAGUCCAAAUAAAUUCUGAAAAACGCUGAGAGACAUACCGGGAGCAUCGCUGGAAGGAAUAUUGUAAGAGAAGUUGGCCGGGGAAAAACUUUGAAAGGAACUUCAAGAUAUAUCUACGACAACGUUCGAGAAAUGUCUCGAUAGAAACUUCUGUAGAAAUCCCAGAAAAAACUUCGGAAGCAAUCCAGUAAGUGAUUCCGGGAGUAAUACAGGAAAAUACUUCUGAUAGGAAUUUCAAAUCGAACUACUGCAUAAAAUUCAAAAGCUUUUGAAGAAAUCUUUGGAAGAAACUCUAAUAGAUAUUCCAAGGAUAACCUCUGUAGUUCUCCGGGAAAAACCUCGACAUGAACAUCGGAAGGAAUCAAGGAAAUCAUUCAAGAGGAAUGCUGAGAAAAACUCUAAUAGAAGUUGUACGACAACAUUUAAACGAUAUCCUGAGAGAACCUUUUGUUGAGUUCUCAAAAUAUACCCUGAGAGAAAAUCCACCAUUUAUUUGGGUAAAAUACAGAAGGAACUCUGAUAUUAAUCUAAUUGAUGUAAGUGACUGCGAGCAAUACCAGAAAAACCUGUAGAAGUUAUUCGACACACAAAAACUUGAAAAUUAGAAAACACGGAAUGUUGAUUGAUUGGCAAAUUGAGAGAUGAAAUUGUGAAAAAAUGCGUUCUGGCGGGAUUCGAAAUCACGACUCCGUAUUCGCUUAACCGGCGCUUUAACCAACUAAACCACAGAACAGGUAAUGAUUCUGUGGAAUAGAAAGCCAAACUGACUCCGAGCCCACAUCAUGAACACUCCUAUUUUCACAAUUCCACCUCUCUUUCGGCUUAGAUGCCAAGCUCUCAACACGCUCGCGGUUGUAAAAGCGCUGGUCUAGCGAAUACGGAGUCGUGGGUUCGAAUCUCACCAGAACGCAAUUAUUUUCACAAUUUCAUCUCUCAAUUUGCCAAUUAAUCAACAGUUUGUGUCAUCUAAUUUCCUAGUUUUUCUCAGUAUAACGUACUAGCAAAUUGGUACAUAUGAACCUGUAAAGGGCAGCAAAGACAUGUAUUAUUUCCCAUAAAAAAUGAUGGAUUCUGACUUCCAAAUUCAGCUGGAUAGAGCCCCUGCAGUAGGCCGUCCCUUAUUUUGCAGAAAUUGGAAAUGUUAUAAGUUCGUUAGUGGAAAAUGAUCGUUUUAGCUAAGAAAUGAUCGUGUCAAAAUUUGAAGUCCGUAUCUCAAGGCUAAGUGGUCCCUCAAGGGGCCUAAAGUUGUCAAAAAUUGUAUGGGACCAAAAAAACAUGAAAUAUUUUUCGACAAAAAAAUACGCUAAACCGGUGAUUUUAGGACCCUAAAGGGCCAAAAAUGUGCUUAGAUUUGCGAUAUCUCUACUCGUUUCCAAGAUCAAAAACUAGUGUUUUCCAUUCCCCUUAAGACUGCGAAGCCAAACUGUAUCAGUACAUAAUCUCAGUCGUAUCCAGAAAGAACUCGAAGCAGCUAAGAAGCAAGCUUUGUUCCAGUGAGGACGUUAUGCCAAGAAGAAGAAGAAGAAGAAUGUCACGUAUUCUGUUCAACGCAUAUAGAAGGCUGUACUAAAGGAAUGCUUCAUCGGUGAAUACCGUUCAGUGGCGAUUCCCUAACCUCAAAUCUACCUGUUCAACGAAUGUAAAUUCUUGGAAUUUCUCAACAAAUUGGUUUGAAAUUUGUAAAAAAUGUCGAGAAUAGUAGUUUCCGUCCAUUUUCUACUCGAUCCGGAUCAUGUACUCUCCGAAAAUGCAAGUUUUAUGGUCGUUGAACAGGUAAAAAGUGAGGUUACGAGACGCCACUGAUACCGUUUUAAAGAGAACUAAUAAACGUAUACUCUGCCACAAAUUCUGGACAAGUACCAUUCUCUGGGAGUUUCACCGGGCAUUGUUGUGUAAAUUCCACUAGGAGUUCCAAAGAGAAUUUCUCUGAAGUUCCAUCUCCAGGAAUCCUCCAGAAGUUCCACGGAGAAUUCUCAGUUUCACCUCAAAUUCCUUUAGGAGUUUAUCAGGAUUUUUUUUUUCUAGGAGUGUCUCCAGGAGUUUCUCUAGCAGUUUUGUUGCACAAAGCAUUUGAUUGCAAAUUCAGGCCCAGCUCAUUAGCUAGUUUAUCGCCGGGUGCGAACAAUUUUAGCCAAUCAUGAAAAAAGCUGUUGUGAUGUUCCGUUCGCAAUAAUAGCAUAAACAUCGUCGACUGCUUCUGGCCGGGGGCUUCAAGGUGUUUCCUGUCGUUGCCCCAUCUUCCCAUAAAUCAUUCACACGUGAAGUCAUUACGCACCGAUUAGGCCCGACCCGACCGAACGAUCGAAAGUGAAAAUCUCCUAAACGGAAACUAAUGGCCUCCGUCAUCACUUCAGCGCAGCACCGCACCAUCAUCAGCAACGCAACGCAUCACAGUCCGUCGGGUAGCGGAGUUGAUUCUGCAUACAUCUCUAGUCUAUAAGCAUUAGACAACAUCCUGUGGAAGGCAGUUUGGAAUCGCAAUCACUUCAUGGUUUGAAAAUAAACCAUGACAGCGACAUGGUCGCACUCUGACUUAACACGGCGACAGAUCAACAUCUGAAUGUCUGUGUAUUAUCCGAUCAGCAAGACGAUGGUGAUGAUUUCAUCAUCUACCUACAAGGCGUGAAUUCUUCUUCAUUGAGGAUUUCUUCGAUUGAUCUCCCUCCCAAAGUUAACGUCGCACCCCUUUCUGAAAUACAAUCUGGAUCCAAGAAAAAUGUCCGAAACUCGGUUGAACUUGAGUUUGCGGAAAAAACAUCAAACUUCUGAUCUGACCCUGUUUCGGGGCGCGUUGUUUUCGUGAUGAGACAUUUGGACGCAUAACAUGUACUCGCAGAGAAAACACACGUAGAUAUUAAUAGAACCCCAACGGGCACCGGUCAACGAUGAUGCUGUCAUCGCCGCGCCGCGAUGUGAGUCAAAUGCUGGUCAAGGGCGUCUCGCAAUGCGGCUGAUGUAGCGGUAACAUUCCAUACAAUUGAUGAGACCUUUUCUGGCAACAUCGAAAGCUGGAUUGUUCUUCUUCCAGAAUGGAAUCGUCAAAGAUAGGGGUAAACGUGGACCGGUCACGUUUUGUCUUUUCCGAGAGUUGGCCAUUGUUGGAGUGGGGAAAAUGCGCCUGGAUCAGCAGAAAAUACCCGGCCAUGAAUAUAUUGUUAGAUGACGUGAAACUUGGGAAGGUUAUGACCUGGAAUGAGGGAGAAACGGCACAGGUCGAGGGAGGUGGGUGUGCAUGACAUCUUUAUUCUAACGAGGGGUGAUAAAUUGUGCGGGUGGUUGAGCUCGACUUGGAAGGACCGAAUGAGGUUGGAUAAAAGGGAGUGACAAGCAGCACUUUGUGUGUUUAAUUUAUCUCUCUGUAUGGAAAGGCAAAAAGCAUGGAGCUGCACAGUGGUAUAACGGUUGGUCUUCUAGAUCAGAAACUAUAAGCAAGCGGCCUAUGCUCCGGCCUUCAAGAAUGUUUGGACUAUGUAAUAGAACGACCAGCGACAUAAUUACUGGAGAUUAUCAGCUAAUGCCUUUUGAGAUAUAUUCGCUUUAAAAGUUUGAUAAUAUAUCAUACGCAGAAUAUCCGGCAAAUUAACGAUUUCAGCUCAUUUGGUUUUUUUUAUCUGUAUUAUCGAGAUUUUUAGUUCUAGACUAGUUCAUCUCGGGACCCACGCUUUACUUCCCUUCAGAAGGAAGAACUCACAUUUAGUAAGUUUGUCGGAAGGGGGAUUUGAUCCCAGGUCCUCGGCGUGAUAGUCAAGUGUUCUGACCAUCAUUCCAGGUUCGCUCCCAGCUCAUUUGGUUUUGUAAACCUUGUUGGACUUAUGCCGCUUUAAAACUACAUAUAAGUUACCGGUUACGUUCGUAGAUCUAAAACAGCCAUUUAGACUUCUCCCGACGUUUCGACUCUAAUUCGGGUCUUUUUCAAGGGACAUAAAACUUAAGCUUUUUCAAUAAUAAAGCAGUCAUUCAAAGUUGUGGCAUUCAAGUACUUUUUUCUUCACAUUUUUUGGCCUUGAUCACCACUACUGUGCACCUCGUCUCGCUCUCCAUCGAGAAAAGUAGCAACAGUCUAACUGCACUUCCAGGAGUGAUUUCAACCUGCUUCGAAGCAUUAGUCAUCCGUCGAGGUUCAUAUACUGCCUGGCUGGAUGGUAUGAGUGUUGUAAAGAGUUGAUUGCUCAUUGGAAUUAAUCGAGCUUUGAGAGCGAGAGCAAGAGUAAUAGCAGUAGAGACCAUGUUAGUCUUCUGUAGCAUGACUAUUGAGUUAUUAGCUCCCCAAGUAUGGAUCCAUUGAACCAAGCAGCAGGCACGUAGACGCCAUUUGUUAGAGCGGAAAUGCAAUUCUAGGAAAUAAAUGUGAAUCGUAAAUUCAUACAGUAAGAUGUACUGUUUUUUUGUUUGUUUUGGUCUGGGAGUAACCUCAGACGUGAUUCGAACAAUUUCGUUUUGCUGCCAGUCAAUAACUCAUAUUGAUUGUGUCAAAUCACAGUCGACGAACGUAAACAUUUUAACGAUUGGGAUCGUUCGAGGCAACCAUCGAGGACCGCAGCACAACCGAAAGCAUUCAUUUGAUUCGAGUUAACCUCAGUUAACGUAGUAGUAAAUCCUGGCGUCCCAAUAUACAAACCAUCAUUGUCAUCGUCGUCGACGACGUUUUUCUCUUGCACUUGAGACCCAGAUCAAGAGGAAUAUGGUUACCAAUAAAUAACUGUGUACCGUGUUCGUUCGCCUUCGCAGAUCAUUACCAGCGAAGAACGAUUGAGAUGCACGUACUUGGUACAUCUAAGGUACAUCUAUAUCUAGAUGGCUGCAGUAGGAUGCAACAGCAGGGCAGCCUCAAUCGGACUGAUGCAACAUUAUUUUUGCGGUAGAAUGUCUCAUCCAGUUUUGAAUGGAAACGAGUAUGGUGGCGCGUGAUGACGACGUCGAUGAUGAUAGUGUAUGUGUUUGUCAUUAGGUGGGAAUGUGGUUCGAUUGCAAUUCAUUCAAUGCCGGCUCUUUGCGAGCGGGUUCCAGUUUUAGUCGAACCGGUACUUGUUCUGGCGAAACAUGGAGGAGCAGGUGUGAUUAGACGAGUGCUAAGCUUUUAUAUGUAUUGUUACUAUGCUGUUUUUUGUUCCUUAACAUAACAAUUUACCCACUUAUUCAAAGUUUGCUUUUCGGUUUGUAAUGAAUUUCCUGAAUAUGUAGUAAACAUUUUUUUUAUCUGUAUUAACGAGAUUUUUAGCCCUAGGCUAGUUCGUCUCCGGACCCACGCUUUACUUCCCUUCCGAAGGAAGAAAACUCACAUUGUGUGAGUUUGUCGGGAGUGGGAUUCUAUCCCAGGUCCUCGGCGUGAUAGUCAAGUGUUCUAACCAUCCCACCGGGUCCGCUCCACAUGUAGUAAACAUGUCAGAUAAUGAGUUUAUAGGUAUCGUAUCAUAAUCAAAUGGUAUUAUGAAAUAGUUUUUUAUGCUUCCUUAUCAUGAGUAACUCUCGCUGAGACCGGCCCACUAUUUACACCUUGUCUUCAAAUAUGUUUUAGGUGGCGAUUUUCUGAAAGUCCUCGCCAUUCCAUCAAUUGAAGCUGAGACAUAUGUGCAAAACAUAUAAAAAAAAGAGAUGAUUUUUUUUCUAACAAAAGUUAUCUGCAGUUUUGUAAAUCUUUCCGCGACUCCUUUCGGUGUUCCUUUUGAAACUUCCCCAGGAGAUCUUCCUGUGGAGAUGAACUAGCAUCGGGCUGAAAAUCCCCCUAGUGAAGCUAAUAAUAAUCAUCUUCCUGGGAUUUUUCCCAGAGCUGCUACAGGAGUUAUUCCUGAGAUUUCUGCGAAGGCUCUUCCAGGAAUUUCUUCAGGUGUUUUUCACAAAUUAUAUGUACGAGUCCCUCCCUGGAUUUCUGUCGAAGUUUCUCCUGUAAUUCAUUCAAGAAAUUUCCUUGAGCUUUCUUCUAGAAAAGUUUCCCUGGAUUUUUACAGGAGUUUAAGCGGGGAUGUCUCCUAAGGUUCUCGUGGGAUUUCUUUUGACGUUUAAUCAGAGAUUUCUCUUAGUGUUUCUCCUGAGACUUCUCUCAGAAGAUUCCUUCCGGUGUUGGUCCUGGAAAGUCUCUCGAAGUUUUUCUGGAUCGCCCUAUCCUGUUUUUGUUUCGGAGUGCCUUCUGCGGUUUCUGUAGAAGCUAUUGCUGAUAUAUCUCAUGCAGUUCUUUCCGUGAUUUCUUUCAGAGCUUUUCCAAGCUUUUCCUAGUAGUUCUUUACCGGAUUUUUUUGCAGUGGUACAUCUGAGAUAGGGAUAGUUCCCAAAGCUCUUACCGCAAUCCAUACCAAAAAUUGUUUCGAGAUUGGGGAUGCUCCUUUUGAGAUUUUUUACUAGUUUCUUCCGGAGUUCUUGCAGGGAUUUUUUCUUGUUAUGUCUCCUGAAAUUCCCGGAGAAAUGUCGGAAAGAAUCCUUCCACCUUUCAUCUGCCGAAAAACCCCGCAAAGACUUAUUAGAACUUCCGAAGAAAUCCUGAAAAAAUCUGGUAUAUAUCGUAAAAAUGUUUUGGAAGUAAUCCCACGAGAAAAAAUAGGAAAGGAGGAACUCUGAUAUCUUCUAUGGGAAAUUCUGGGAAGACUACGGGUGAAAUUCCGCGCGAAAAAUCGGAAAACUCUCUGGAUGAAUUUCUGCAAAAAUCUACUAACUACUAAACAAAAUUCCUGAAAAAAAACUUUGGAUAAAUUUUGGAAGGAAUUCCGGAUUCCUCAGCGAGAAACUUUGAAAGCAUAUCGGAAAAACCUCUGGAGGAGGGUACUAUAGCAGUGACCUCUUGUAAAAAAAAACUGCAGAAAUCUAGGUGGAAAUCUGGCAGAAAUCCCAGGAACAACUUUCAGAAAUCCCGAAAUACCGAAAAACUCUCAGAAAGAACUGUUUAUGGGAGCAUAUAAAGUAAAAAAUCCUCUGAAUGGAUACUGGAGAACUGGAGAAUACCAGAGAAGAACUCUGACAGACCUUCAAAAUAAAAACCCUCUAACUAUUCAAAGAAGAAUUCUGGAAGUUCCUGUGUAAAACUGCGAAAGUAUUUAAAGAACGAAUUGCGUUAGAAAUCCAAGGAGGAAGAAAUUCAAGGAAGAAUCAUGGAUAGUAUUUCGAAAUCUUAAAAUUGCUACACCACCAGUCCAGAGAACUAAUAUUCCUUUUGCUUGUUUGAAAAUAACAAUUCGAGGAAAAAUAGUAAAAAGCAUUUGACCAUCUUGAGCUGCUUGACAAAUUUUGAGGCUGGAAGUCAGCAUUCUACAGAAAAAUAAUAAAAACAAUCGAAGGAUAACGUUUUUGAAAAAUUAGAAUUAUAUGAUAUCUAACGUAGAUCAGCGAUGAAUAUUAUUCUCAGUAUAUAUUUUUUUUUUUCUAGAAAUCUUCGAAGACAUCAUUUCAAUCCAACAAACCGUUUUCGAGUUAUAGUUUUUUGAAGAACUAAAUUAGGUUACGUAUGUGUUGAUGUAGAAGUAAAUAAUUCAUGAAAUCCUACGCAUGACCCAAUGGCGAUUCCCUAACCUCAAAUCUACCUGUUCAACAACUAUAAAUUCUUGAAUUUCAUGAACAAAUUAAUUUGCAAUCAGUAGAAAAUGACAUGAUUAGUUGUUUUCACCCAUUUUCAUUUUGAUUUUAGUCGUACAUUCUUUAAAAUUGCGAGUUUUAGGUGCGUUGAUCAGGUAAAAAGUGAGGUUAUGAGACGCCACUGGCAUGACCAAAUUUUUCAUUCAAAUUGAAAACUAUCGAGUUUAAAAUGGGAUUUUUUUUCUUGUAGCGACUGACACUGAAGAAGAUUACAAGUGGUAGUGGAAAUACGCGUAUCUGUCAAAGGAUAAGCAAAAUAUGGCGGAAUUAAAAGGUACGAAACUAAUUACACUCAUUCGAAAAAAAAAAUGUUUUUGGACUGGAAAUGUUUCAUGUUUUACCUAGCUGAGUACCCUAGAUAUCCCUGGAUUAUAGGCCAUGGAAUAUUAUAAUUUUUUAUUUUUUUUAGUUUUUAUUUUUGUGUAUUUUAACUUAGAUGCUAAUUCUACACUCCAAUAUUAUAAAUGGAUUUCAUGCUUAAACAGCCUCAUGCAACUAUGGGCUCUCAAGUGACGAGUUCAAUGUAUGAUUAAGGAUCUCAAAGAACUUCCUUGAACAUAAGUAGUCGGAUCUACAACGGUAACUAGUUAUCCCAAGAGCUCUGUUGAAGCGGGAAGAGUGAUUCAAUCACAACACUAAUUUAUCGUAGCAGAUCUAAAGCCGUUGUUUGGUUGUUGAUCAGCUCAAACUAAAACCAAUUUUAUUUCAUAUUAAUUCUUUCCUUAAACUAUAAUAUAAAUGCACUUACAAAUCUUAGUGUUCUUACUCCGCUAGGUUUCAAACCCUCUACAACUUCGAUUCUAUUGCACUCUCUGUCAAACUAAUUCUAAAGCAUUCGCUGCCGUAUCUAUGAACACCUUUUAUUCGCAAUAAAUUAUUGAUAGGGUUACCAUCCGUUGUUCGCGCGCCAACAAGCUCUAUACUGAAACACCUUUGAAUGUCCCCUAAAACUCCCGGGAACCCUUCUGAAACCCCCGACAAAGCCUUCAAACGCCUGUAAAGUCCCUCAACCAAAAGUCUGAAAUCCUUCUGAAACGCUCUGCAACCUCCCUGAAGCUCCCCAAAAGCUCAAAAGAAAUACUGUGAUGCCCCCUAAAGCAUGUUAAACUCGCUGAAAGCUUACGAAGUCCUCCGUAAACCUCUUUAUGAUCCUUGAAAUGCCUUGAAACGGCUCUACAUUCUGCAACCUCCUGAUACUCCAUGAAGCUUAUCUGAGAGUCUAUGGACCGCCUUGAAACGCCUCUUUAAGCUCCUUGGAAGCUCAGCUGAAAGCUUGCAAUCUCUCUGUAACCUCUUAAAACGCACUGCAACUCCUUGACAUUCCCCUGAAUCUUGGCUUAAAGCCUGGACGUCUCCUAAAACUGCUGGGAACUGCUCUGAAUCCUUCCUGAAAUCCCCUUUGGAGCUCAUCUAAAUGCUUAUGAAGCCCCAUAACCUCCUGAAACGCUCUGAAACGCCUCUUAAGCCUCUGAAACUCAUCCGAAAUUUUGUGAACCUCCUAGAACCUGUCGGCAAGCCUCUGAAACACUUGAAAACACCUUGACACGCUUUGAAAUGUCUCAGCAACCUCUUUCAAAUUCCUUUUAAAUCUCCCUUGGAGUUCAUUUGAAAACCCUAAUGAUGAGCGCCCUAAAUCCCAGUCCCAGGAACCUCUUUGAAACGUUUUGAAAUGCUUUGCAACGCCUCUGGUUGUCCCUGAUACCCUUAGAAGUCUAACUGAAAGCCUGUGGAACCCUCAAAAUUUCCCGGGAACCCUCUAUGAAACCCCAAAACAUUUUGAAACGUCGAAAACUCCUGAAGCCCCGAAAAUCCAAAUGUGCGAUCGGUACUAUCUGUUUGCAAUUUUAUAUAUCGCAAAGCAUACUUUUUGUAUUUUCUACUGAGAUGCUUAAAUUGUUUCCUAAUCAUGUAAUCAAUCAUUUAAACAUACUAGCAAUACUAGGCCCAACUGCCGAAAAACUCUUUCGAAGACCACGUAGUGAUCCGGCGUUUGUUUCACGGAACAAGUUAUACUGCAGACAUAGCUUUCCUAAACAACGACAUUUUUUAUUCUUUUCUUUCCGAAAGAGAGAUGGGUUUGUGGAAAAGGAGUGUUCACGGUGUUUCUUUGGAGUCAGUUAGGCUCUCUAUUCCGCAGAAUCGUUACUUGUUGGGUGGCGUGGCUUAGUUUGUUAAAGCGGCGGUCUAGCGAAUACGGAGUCGUGGGUUCAAAUCCCACCAGAACACGAUUACUAUCACAAAUUUCUUCUCUCAAUUUGUCAAUUAGCAACAUUCUGGGCCUUCUCAUUACAAGUUUUACCAGUAUGUAUUUUCUUUCACUUGUUAAAAGAACAAAUUCAAACUUGUAGAAUAUAACUGUGAACGUUCUUCCUGUUUGAGAACGAUACGGUCUGUACCGAUUUUUACCAACUGAAGACAAAAGUUUUACGUUACAACUCUUUAUAUCAUUGUUUGAUAUGCGACAGAAGUUGCACUUCAAUUCUAACAGUGUAGCUCAAUAAAUGACAUUAAACAAAACUUCAAAUGAUCCACAGCAAUCCCGCGCAACCGUUGUACAUGAAACAACACCGACUUGUUCACCGCAUACAGUUUCCGUCACAGCGCAGAGAUCCCUGUUUUUUAUGAUCCCUGCCGCGUGAUGAAACCGCAACAAUUUUCAACCAACAACUGCCAGAUGCUGUUACGCCGACAAUAUGUUGACCACGACUACGCGACGCGACGAUGAUAUUCGGUCAUUCGGCCUUCCAUACUUUGAUGUUUAUCCACCCAUAUGUGCGCAACACAAGCUUCGCGGUGCGUCGUCUCCGCUGUUGGCGACUACAUGUUCUGAAAGGGUGGUGGCGGCCGGCCAGCUCUGGUCAUUCGUUACACUCGGUUUUGGGCGGUUGAUCGCGUGUAGCAGCGCGUGGUGAGUAACGGUCAUUUUUUUUAACAGCACCAAUACAUUGUCGGUAGGACCAGUACUGUGUUGCGAUGCAGC